GGAAGGAGAAGCGGUAGUGACGGACGGGGAGCUGGUCUCUCUAUUCUCCCACUUCAGGCGUGAUAUUGGUGGGACUAGAACAUGGUGGCCAAUGCGACGGUUAUCUCCUUCAGCUUGUGCGCCUUUCCAUGGCUUCCUCCCAAACCCAAAACGCCGGCCCAAACCCAAAACCACAUUUCUAAAAUUUCAUUUCUCAGGACCCUCAGCUCCUCAGGCUUUGUUAAACCUUGCAAAUACGGCAGCAUUAUUUCUUCCUCUGGGUUUCAGAGAAGGGAUCUCCUCCAAAUUUGUCAGGUUUCCCUGAAGCCUCAGAAUUCCGUGGAAGAGGAGAAGGUUUCUGGGAAUGGAGGUGGUGGCAAGGGUGGAAGGGACUGGGUAACUUCCAUUCUUCUCUUCGGCUUGUGGGCUGCACUAAUAUACUAUGCUCUCUAUCUCGCUCCCGACCAGACCCCGUUUAGGGACAAGUAUUUUUUGCAGAAGCUUCUGAAUUUGAAGGGAGAUGAUGGCUUCAGGAUGAAUGAAGUUCUUGUAUCUUUAUGGUACCUCUUGGGCUUGUGGCCAUUGGUGUACAGCAUGCUAUUGCUUCCAACUGGUAGAAGCUCAAAAAGCAAUGUACCUCUGUUGCCAUUCCUCAUACUUUCAGUCAUAGGUGGUGCAUAUGCCCUUUUUCCCUAUUUUGUUCUUUGGAAACCACCGCCACCUCCCAUUGAAGAAACAGAGCUUAGAAAGUGGCCUCUAAAUUUUCUAGAAUCAAAGUUCACUGCCGGGAUAACCGUUGCUGCAGGACUAGCAUUAUUCUUCUAUGCCGGUUUAGCCAAUGGGGAUGUCUGGAAGGAAUUUUUCCAGUACUUCAGAGAAAGCAAAUUUAUCCAUGUCUCCUGCAUUGAUUUUGUCCUGUUCUCUUCAUUUGCUCCCUUUUGGGUUUUCAACGACAUGGCUGCUCGGAAAUGGGAUCACAAAGGAUAUUGGCUUGUUCCCUUAUCACUGGUGCCAUUCAUGGGACCUGCUUUGUAUCUUGUUCUGCGUCCUUCACUAUCUGCGAUGCCUCUUUCACAGAGCCCAACGGCAUCCAAGCAGAAAUAAUACAUUGAUUCUCUCGUCCAAAUUGGUUUUCAUAUGUUCUGUAAGAGAAGGAAACAAACCAUUGUUUUCUCAAAGGAUGAAUUCGUAGCAAUGAAUUUUUUAGCCAGGAAGCUUUUGUCCCUUGCUGCCAAGCAGAUCUGCUUGCACAAGAACAGGUCAUUUUUGUCCAGAGAAAGAAGAAAAGAAAAGAAAAUUUGUGAUAGUUUGAAGACUUUUUUUUGAAUAGUAUGUAGUGGGCCUAUGGUAAAAUCAAGUGUUUAGUGUUGAAUACUAAAUAGUAGUCUAUGAACUAAUUUUGAUUUGAACUUUAACAGCUCAGUGAAUUUAAAUAGUAGAUUAUUUAAUUAUUUAA